AUGGCCGAUAAACCGCCAGAAGAUGGCUAUAUAUCCGUAGUUGAUGAAGAGCCAGUGUUCUUGGAGUUACUUAAGUGGGAUACGUCGCAAUCGCAAAAGCAACAUGAGCCUCGGAGUUUGGAAAAAGCAAAAAGUGUAGAGCAAAGCAUGCACAGGCCUAGAGACGACUCAGAUCCGUUUGAUUUGAGUGAUGCCGCCUUUAUAGACACUUUUAGACUUUCAAAAGAUCUGGCGCGAGGUCUUUGUGAAGAAUUAAAACCAGUUAUGCCGGAAUCUACGAAAUCUAUUGAGUUCUCUGUUGAGAGUAAAGUGAUGGCAGCCCUUUCCUUCUAUGCUACAGGCAAAUAUCAAAAGUCAAUUGGCGGUAGAUCCGAUCCAGGUAUUACCCAGUAUUUUGUGUCAACUGCUGUAAUUCAAGUAACGGAAGCUAUAAACCAUCCAUCCAUCGUUAAAAAAUAUAUACAUUUUCCACAUCUAAGAAAUGAAAGAGAACUUGUUAAAAACGGAUUUUAUAUGAAAUAUGGUAUACCCAAUGUGGUUGGAUGUGUGGACUGUAUGCACGUACCCAUUGCACGGCCUGAUGAUGAUCAAAAGAAACACUUUAACAAAUCAUAUCAUUCUAAAAAAGUACAAAUUAUAUGUGACAGUAAUAUGAACAUUAUGAGUGUAGAUGCAGGACCCGGAGGAUCAUUCUCACACGACGCCAUUUUGAAUCAACAUGCAGUAAAAGUUGAUUUGGAGAGCUUGAAUCAAGCGAGGGAAUUAUGCUGGCUUGUUGGUGGAGGUCAUUACUCACAAAAACCAUACAUAAUGGUUCCCAUGCCAAAAAUAACAAAGAAAUCUCCAGAUUCACCUGAAAAGUAUUACAUGAACAUACACUCACAGACACACUUGGUUGUUUUAGAAACUAUUAAACAGCUCAAAUCCCGAUGGAAAUGUCUACAAGCAACUUGCAACAAGCAAUUUGAUCCACAAACUGUUGCCAUGAUGGUAAUUGCCUGUUGUGUUCUCCAUAACAUUUGCAAUUCUCACGGUUUGCCAAUUGUUCAAAUGACUCAAACGGAAGAAAGAUUAGAAGCUAUGAAGCAAAGGGUCGCAAACACCCCCAUAUCAAGAAAGCAAGUAGAAGACCCUCAAGGAGUUCAAUCUAGGAUGGUUUUAAUGGAACGCUUAUGGGGCGAGCGUAGGGUAACCCCAGAUACAAAUGCAAAGAAACGUAUUUCGAAGAAGGAUAGGAUAUUGGAAGUUCAACCACAUCAUAAUCAACAUCAAAUGGUCCCUCAAACUUUGCACGAAGACCCCAAAAGGCCGAGAUUAGUUAUGAAUAACCCAUAUGGGUUGGGGGUCAGUAUGGCCCCCACUUGGGGUCACUAUCCGCAGCAU